AGGGUUAUAAAUACUGACCUUACUGUCUCCAUCACACUUAACCAUGGCAGAUAAGAGUACGAGCUCCCGGUUGCCAGGACGCAGGAAGGAGAGAGCGAUGGAGAAGGAGACAGAAGUGGAGGUGAAGAAAGAGAGUGGUGAGGGUGAGACGAAGGCAACGGUGAACGGGGCAGGAGAAGCCGCGGCUAAUGGGGAUUCAGCCGCUAACAGUGAGACCACCAGUGUCGAGGGGGCACAGGGCAAGCCGGAACCCAUGGAGUUGCCCCCAUUCGAGACCAUUACAGGAGACCGCCUCCAACCCUUCCCCUUCAAGUUCCAGUUUAAGAAUGUAGAGUACUCGUCCGGCCGGAACAAGACCUUCCUGUGCUACCUGGUGGACCAGGGGCGUGGCAGUGAUGGGGUGCUGCGUGGCUAUGUGGAGGACGAGCAUGCAAGCGCUCAUGCCGAGGACAUGUUCUUCCAGCUGAUCCUCCCAGACUAUGAUCCGUCCAUCAACUACAACGUCAUUUGGUACGUUUCGUCCAGCCCCUGUUCCGCCUGUGCUGCCAGGCUAGUGGACAUCCUGCAGGAGCGGAAGACCCUGCGCCUUGCCAUCUUCUCUGCCCGGCUCUUUGAGUGGGAGGAGCCUGAGAUCAGGGCGGGGCUGAAGGCACUGGCAGGGGCAGGGUGUAAGUUGCGCGUGAUGAAGCCCCUCGAUUUCUCAUACACGUGGGACACGUUUGUGGAGCACGAGGACCAGAGAUUUACACCAUGGGAGGACUGUCAGGAGAACUACGAGUACUACCAGGAGAGACUGGCUGAUAUUCUACAGUGAGCGAACCUGAGGAUGAAGAUCAGAUAAGAGCUGAAGACACACCCCUUUCCCAGAGCCUUGAGAAGAGCAAGAGUGUGCGUGUGUUUGUGUGUUAGAGUGUUUGGUGCAGAAUUGCUGAAAGAGUCUGAUAGAGACUACACAGGCUUUUGUCUGUUCCUCUGAAAGAGAGCAUUUUGGAGCCAGAAAUCUCACACAGAAAACUUUCAAUGUAAGCUGCAACAAUUCUUGUUUUGUUACAAAGAAUUUUAGAUUUUUAUCAGAAAAGACCUUUAAUACUACCAUGAUGGUGAUAUAGAUGAAUAUGUCAGGUAGUGAAGUUAAAAAGCUUUGUAUAGAUAUUAUUGUGUAUUUAAACAUUUUGUUGUUGUUUUGUUUUAGUUACAAUUAGAUAUUGUAAUAUACUUUAAGUCUGUAAGUGCACCGCACAAAAUGUUCCCUCUGCAUAAUGUUUAUUAUUCAUAUUUCUAAGCUAAAGCAUUUUAGGAGCAAUACAUUUUAUGAAAUAAGACAGGAUAAAAAUGUAUUUGUAUGUGUUCAUGAGGUUAAAGGACACCACAAUAAAAAGUGGUAUUCUUUUUGCACCAAGAAUUGCAGGAAUCAAUAACUGUAAGCUGACACAAAUUUUAUUUUAUUAAGAUUAUUUUGAAUGUGCCUUUAGCAAAAGAAAAAACAUUUUAAAAACAUCAUUUCAUUUC